GGCUGUGUUCAAGGCUGGGGUUUUGGACUCCUUUUGUUAACACAUCUUGUGUGAGACUGGUUUGAGUAGUGGGCUGCACACGAGUGUUGGGUGGAGUGGUCUUCAGGUGGGAGGGGAUCGGCGGUGGAGUUACAGAUCGAUGUAACCGGGCGAGAAGGCUGGAGACCGAUUCACAGCGUGUGAGUCAGCCCUUGGCGAGGAGAGCUCUUACUUUUAACGUCCUUUUUUUUAAUCUCACACACAUAUUUACCAAAAAAAAUCUGUAGAAGGGACAGGAAAAAAACGGCAGGCACAUUGCCAGUGGAAUUGUCUUAGAACUGAACACGGGACACAGGAAACCAACUCAGACUCCGCCAACACUCAAAGUUGUUGCUAAACACCGAAGGAGCAGGAGUUUGCUGGGUUUACUUUCUGUCUGUUCAUUUCCAGUUUGGAAAAAAAGCAUUUCCACCGCCCGCACUCUCCCCCCAACUGGCUGACGAAACUUCCAGUCGACUUCAGAACAUGAAGCUCCUCUGAAGAAGUUUGGAGAAUCCGCUACCGUUCCAGGGGAGAGACCCCCUCUCUCUCCCUGCGACCCCAGCUCGUUGUCCUGCUUGGGCUUGAAGAUGUCCACCGUUCGCUGGGAUCUUCUUCUGGCGGGAUUCCUGCUUACAUGUUCACUUGCUGACCAUUCUGGAAGUCACUUGGAGUUUCAGGAGAUCAUUCUAGAACCUUCCUCCAACAUUACUCUGAACUGCUCUUCCAGUGGGCCCAUUGUCUGGUUCUAUGACAAAGUGGCGAAUGUCCACACUGACGGUCACCUCCUGCACAUCUACAAUGCAGCCAGCUACCACAACAGGGAAUACAUCUGCUCCUCCAAUAAGACGGAGAUACUGAGUGUCUACAUCUUUGUACCAGAUCCCAAGGAAUGGUUCCGCCCUCAGACCCAGCAGGAGAUGUUCAUCAUGGCGGAGGAGUCCGUGGACUUUGCAAUCCCGUGCAUGGUGACCAAUCCCGACCUCCAGGUCACCCUCUACCACAUGGAGACCGACACUGUUGUCGACUCCCCCUACGACAAGAAGCAGGGGUUCUUUGGCCAGUUUGAGGAUGGGACCUACAAGUGCAAGGCCAAGUUCAGAGGAGAGGAGCGGGAGUCCGAUGAAUACUUCGUGGAGACGAUCGCAGUUUCUGAAAGCCUUGAGAUUAAACUUCAUGCCUCAAGAACGUUAGUGAAGAAGGGAGAGUCGUUCAGCAUCACCUGCUCUGCAAAUAUCGAGUUGCUGGACUUCAACUGGUCUUUCCCAAGGGCAGAGGGAGCUCAGAUUAAGAUAACGGAAGAUGUUCAGGAGGUGAACUCGACCCUUGAGCUGGAAGAGGUGACGCUGGAGGACACUGGCUGGUAUAACUGCAGCGUCAAGGGGUAUUACCCUGAACAAUCUGAGGACAAAUCUCUCCACAUUACGGUCCUAGACAAAGGAUUUAUCGAGCUGAGGACAGACCUGUCCGAGGUGGAGUACGCAGCGCUGUCAGAGGUGAAGAUGUUUGCGGUUAACAUCACAGCAUACCCAGCUCCCACCGUCAAAUGGCUGAAGAACAAUGUGGCCUUCAAUGAAAGGACCAAUCAAGUGACCUUCAGCAACAAGACCCUGGGGGAAAAUAGGUAUCAGUGUAUACUCAAUCUCAUCCGUGUGAAGGAAGAAGAUUCUGGGAAUUACAGCAUCCAGGUCUGGAAUGAUGAUGAGAAGGAAGAGUUCACCUUCACCCUGAGUGUAAAUGUGCCAGCGAGAAUCCUGGAUCUCAGUGACUAUGUACACAGCAAUGGUCUCCAGACGAUAACCUGCAUCACCGAGGGUUCGCCUUUGCCGGACAUCAGCUGGUACACGUGCCAGAACCUGAAGAGGUGCAACAGCAAGGACGGGAAGUGGACCCCGCUGAAGGUGAACACCAGCGGGAUCUGGGUGGAGAAGAGGGUCCUUGAGGUUCAGGCCAACCAGGUCUUUCGGGUGCAGAGUGUCCUGACCCAGGACAGCGCAGCCGGAAUCGCCGCAGUGCGCUGCUCCACCACUAACGGCUUCGGGAACAUCAGCCGCGAGGUCAAGCUGGUCUCCAACGGCCUACACUCACAGCUGGUCACCGUGGCAACCAUCCUGGUGUUGCUGGUCAUCAUCAUUAUCUCGCUGGUGGUUCUGAUGGUGGUUUGGAGAAAGAAACCUCGCUAUGAAAUCCGUUGGAAGGUCAUCGAGUCCAUCAGCUCCGAUGGCCACGAGUACAUUUACGUCGAUCCCACGCAGCUGCCGUACGAUUUGAGCUGGGAGUUUCCGAGAAACCAGCUUUCCCUGGGAAGGACGCUGGGUUCGGGAGCCUUUGGCCGGGUGGUGGAAGCCACAGCUCAGGGCCUGAGUCACUCGGACUCCAUCAUGAAGGUUGCGGUGAAGAUGCUGAAGACCACUGCGAGGACCAGUGAGAAACAAGCCUUGAUGUCUGAGCUGAAAAUAAUGAGCCAUCUUGGACCUCACCUAAACAUUGUCAACCUGCUGGGCGCCUGUACUAAAGGAGGUCCCAUCUACAUCAUCACCGAGUACUGUCGCUAUGGCGACCUGGUGGACUACCUGUACAGGAACAAGCACAGCUUCCUACAGUACUACAGCGACACCGCGCAGAGGGCAUCGAACAGAGCCCUGACCAACGUCUACCACGAGCGGCUGAAGAGUUACGUGGCGCUGUCCUUCGAGAGUGACGGGGGCUACAUGGACAUGAACAAGGACGAGCAGCUGGAGUACACCCCAAUGUUGCAGCCCCGACCCCAACCCGGCUACGCACAGAUCGCCCACUCUGACUAUGACGGCCCCUACCUGCAGGAGAACUACCAAGAAGUGUCGAAGGACAAGCUGCUCAUCAGCGACUCCCCUGUCCUCAGCUUCAUCGACCUGGUCGGGAUCAGCUAUCAGGUGGCUCACGGAAUGGAGUUCCUCGCACUCAGAAAUUGUGUCCACCGAGAUCUGGCGGCAAGGAACGUCCUAAUCUGUGAAGGGAAACUGGCGAAGAUUUGUGACUUUGGGUUGGCUCGAGACAUAGUGAACGAUUCUAAUUAUAUUUCAAGAGGGAAUACCUUUUUGCCUCUGAAGUGGAUGGCACCAGAAAGCAUCUUCAACAACCUGUAUACCACACUGAGCGACGUCUGGUCCUACGCUGUCCUCCUGUGGGAGAUCUUCACACUUGGUAAGGAGAACCCGCGUUAUGAAGGCAACAGCUCAGCUUCUGAUUGGGCAGCUAACGGCACAAUGGUACAGCACUGAGUUUCCCAACUUCAGGUA